CUGUAAUGGACGGCAAAGGAAACAGAACACCGGCUAUCGGCAUCGACCUCGGAACAAGCUACUCGUGUGUCGCUGUUUGGAAGCAUGAUCGCAUCCAAAUCAUCCCCAAUGAUCAAGGCAACAGAACAACACCCUCUUGUGUUUCUUUCGUUGAUGGAGAACGUCUCAUUGGCGAUGGCGCCCUGAACAAAGCGGCCAUGAACCCUGCUAACACUAUAUUUGAUGCUAAGAGGCUGAUUGGAAGGAGAUUCAGUGAUUCCAAAGUGCAGGAUGACAUGAAGUUGUGGCCUUUUAGGGUCAUACAAGGGCCUUUCGACACACCAAAGAUUGUUGUCUCCUUCAAAGGUGAAGAGAAGGAAUUUUUGGCUGAAGAAAUUUCAUCCAUGAUUCUUGGGAAGAUGAAAGAAACUGCUGAGUCAUACCUUGGAAAAGUUGUGAAAGAUGCUGUGAUAACUGUCCCAGCUUACUUUAACGAUUCGCAACGUCAAGCAACAAAAGAUGCUGGUGCUAUUGCUGGACUUAAUGUCAUGCGAAUCAUCAAUGAGCCAACAGCAGCUGCGAUUGCUUAUGGUCUAGACAAGAAGUCUGAUAUCACUCGCAAGAUCAAUGUGCUUGUCUUUGAUCUUGGUGGUGGCACAUUUGAUGUCUCUCUAUUGACCAUUGCAAAAGGUGGAACCAUUGAGGUGAAAGCUGUUGGUGGUGACACUCAUUUGGGAGGUGAGGAUUUUGAUAACCGCAUGGUGGAUCAUUGUGUUCGGGAAUUCAAGAGGAGAUGGAAUAAGGACUUAACAGGGAACAAAAGAGCAUUAGGGAGGUUGAGAUUUGCGUGUGAGAAAGCAAAAAGAAUUCUCUCAUGCAGUACUCAGACAUCAAUCAACCUGGAUUGCUUGCACGAGGGUAUCGAUUUCUCUAUGAAAUUCAGCCGAGCAAAAUUCGAAGAGCUCAACAUAUGUUUCUUCAGUAAAUGCAUUGAGAUUGUGGAGACUUGUUUAAGUGAUGCAAAGAUGAAGAAAUCGUGUGUAAACAAGGUGAUUCUUUCCGGUGGGUCAACCCGAAUACCAAAAGUCCAGAGUAUGUUGCAGGAAUUUUUUGAAAGGAAGGAGCUAUGCAAGAGCUUGAACCCUGAUGAGGCAGUUGCAUAUGGUGCAGCUGUUAUGGCUUCAAAGUUAAGUGGUAACAAUCACAAGAGUUGUCGAGAUUUGUUGUUAUUGGAUGUCACUCCUUUGUCCCUUGGUGUAGGAGUAUUAGGAGACAUAUUUGAUGUUGUGAUCCCUCGGAACACUCCAAUGCCUACCAAAAAAUCAAAAUCUUACGUUACAACUAAGGACAACCAAACUUGUGUAACUGUUAAGGUUUAUCAAGGUGAACGAACAAGAUCUACAGAUAACCAUUUGUUGGGGAAGUUUAGAUUUUCUGAAAUACCACCGGCUCCAAAAGGAGUUAUAAAAUUUAUGGACACCUUUGAAAUAGAUGCGAAUGGUAUCCUCACAGUCACAUCGGAGAUAAUAUCAACUGGUAAGACUGAGAAACUAACGAUUACUAAUGAAAAUGGAAGACUCUCAAAUGAACAGAUCCAAAAGAUGGUAAACGAUGCUGAGAAGUAUAAACAGGAGGACCAAGAAUACAAAAAGAAAGCAGAUGCACUUAAUGCAUUAGAUGAUUGCAUAUACAACAUGAAGAAAAAGAUAAAAAAUAUGGCGCAUGGUAAGAGCUUGAGGGAAAUGGAAAACGCCAUUACUGACAUAACCAAGUGGCUGGAGCAUAAGCAAACUGCAUCUAUUGUUGAGAUUCAGCGCAUGCAGAAGCAUCUGGAGUCAGUAGCGGACUUUAAACCAAAUGUGAGGGAUAACACAUAUGAUUUUAAAAGUAGUGCAUCUAAAAAAAUACACAAUGCCGGGAAAUUCUUCAAAAACUUUGUACUUCGCCAAAAAGUUUGA